AGGUGUGUCAAGCUGUCCACGCCUCCAACCUCUCUCUCUUCCACGGACACACAGUAGCGCUACAGACUCUCCACUCACCAUCCUUGCUGCCUGCCACCAGCACUCUCCCCCUUGUUGUUUUGUGAAGCGACUGGACUGGUGUCAUUUGGUGCGCGUCGCAUUGGAGGAGUAGGAGCAGGAGUGCUGGACAGCAGUACCAGGCAGGCAAAAGCCACCUGUAUGUGCAAGAUUGGUUGCCGCUUUCUCCUUCUCUAGUGCCUUUAGGUUCCAGAAAGCUCUGGUGUGUUUUCAUUAGGGUUUGCGCCUGCGCAGUUUGGUUGGCGUUGGACUCUCUUUUCUUGCGGUGGAAUUUCGGGAAAUGCUCCGGGUUCCAAUCAGUGGCGAAAAUCUCUCGCGGGUUUAAGCAGAGACAAGGAGAAAUUGCCCUGAGAGGUAAAUAAAGAUGGAGAUGCCUGAUAUUGAAGCUGGCACGGUAGUCACCGAUUCUGAUAGUUCAAGAAGGCCACAAGACAAUACUGCGACAUCAAUCCCAAACAGUGGAAAUUUAGAAGGUUCAAGCCACAGGGCUACAAAGACCACCAGGUUCAAAGACGACGACGACGGGGUUGUUGAGAUUACCCUUGACAUACAACGCGAUUCAGUGUCAAUCCAAGAUGUCAGGCCAGUUGACGAUGGUGGCUCAGCACACAGCGGUGCACUGGUGUCACCUUCCUCAUCAAGGAGCGGCAAGCUGUCAUCGAAACUGAGACAGGUGACCAACGGGCUAAAGCUGACGAAUCCGAGCAAGAAGAUGCCACCGACGCCUGCACCAAAGACCGUGAGGAAGAGAUAUGACCGAAGCAAGAGUAGUGCUGCAGUGGCACUCAAAGGCUUGCAGUUUGUGACUGCCAAAGUUGGCAAUGACGGCUGGGCUGCUGUGGAGAAACGGUUCAAUCACCUACAGGUUGAUGGCAUGCUACUCCGUUCGAGAUUUGGGAAAUGCAUUGGGAUGGAUGGGUCAGACGAGUUUGCGAUGCAAAUGUUCGACUCGUUAGCAAGGAAGAGAGGGAUGGUGAAGCAAGUGCUGACUAAGGAGGAGCUGAAAGAUUUCUGGGAGCAACUCAGUGAUCAGGGUUUUGACAACCGUCUCCAAACGUUCUUUGACAUGGUUGACAAAAAUGCUGAUGGAAGAAUCACCUCGGAGGAGGUUAAGGAGAUUAUUGCGCUUAGUGCAUCAGCAAAUAAACUUUCCAAGAUCAAAGAGCGAGCUGAUGAGUACACAGCACUUAUUAUGGAAGAGCUUGACCCAAACAACUUGGGCUACAUAGAGCUCGAGGACUUGGAGGCACUCUUACUGCAGUCACCAUCUGAAGCUGUUGCAAGAUCAACGACCACCCACAGCUCGAAACUUAGCAAAGCUCUUAGCAUGAAGCUCGCACCUAGCAAUGACACGAGUCCACUUCGCCGCCACUGGCAGGAGUUUUUGUACUUUGUUGAGGAAAACUGGAAGCGCAUAUGGGUCAUGACUCUCUGGCUUUCAAUCUGCAUCACCCUUUUCAUUUGGAAGUUCAUCCAGUAUCGUAACAGGGCUGUAUUUCACAUCAUGGGCUACUGUGUGGCCACUGCAAAGGGUGCCGCAGAGACCCUAAAAUUCAAUAUGGCCCUGGUCCUUCUUCCUGUCUGCCGUAAUACAAUCACAUGGAUUCGAUCAAAGACAAAGAUUGGAGCUGUUGUACCCUUCAAUGACAACAUAAACUUCCAUAAGGUAAUAGCAGCAGGUGUUGCAGUUGGUGUUGCUCUGCAUGCAGGUGCUCAUCUGACAUGUGAUUUUCCUCUCUUGCUCCAUGCAAGUGAUGCAAAAUAUGAACCAAUGAAGCCUUUCUUUGGGGACAAAAGGCCACCAAACUACUGGUGGUUUGUAAAAGGAACUGCAGGGUGGACAGGUAUUGUCAUGGUAGUGCUCAUGUCAAUAGCUUUUGUAUUAGCUCAGCCAUGGUUCCGACGUAACAAGCUGAAGGACACUAAUCCACUCAAGAAGAUGACUGGUUUCAAUGCCUUUUGGUUUACGCACCACCUAUUUGCUAUUGUGUAUGCGCUGCUCAUCGUCCAUGGAACAAGUUUGUAUCUGACGAAGGAGUGGUACAAGAAAUCGACAUGGAUGUACAUCGCUUAUCCUGUCUUCUUAUAUUCAUGCGAGCGCAUUGUUCGGUUAUUUAGGAGCCAUGAUGCAGUUAAGAUUCAGAAGGUUGCGGUAUAUCCUGGGCAUGUGUUGGCUCUUUAUAUGUCCAAGCCAACUGGUUUUAGAUACCGGAGUGGGCAGUACAUCUUCAUAAAUUGCAGAGCUGUAUCUCCAUAUGAAUGGCAUCCGUUUUCCAUUACAUCGGCACCAGGAGAUAAUUACCUCAGUGUCCACAUCCGCACAAGGGGUGAUUGGACUUCUCGGCUUAGGACAGUCUUCUCUGAGGCGUGUCGGCCUCCAGCUGAAGGAGAAAGUGGACUCCUUAGAGCUGACCUCUCCAGGGGAAUCACUGACUGCAACGCAAGAUUCCCUAAACUUUUGAUUGAUGGACCAUAUGGUGCUCCAGCACAAGAUUACCGGGAAUACGAUGUGCUACUCCUCAUUGGGCUUGGCAUUGGAGCCACCCCUUUGAUCAGCAUUGUGAAGGAUGUGCUUAACCACAUCCAGCCUGGGGGAUCGGUUGGUGGAGCAGAGCCGGGGAGCACCACUGGUAAGGCAAAGAAGAGACAAUUUAUGACGAAGAGGGCCUACUUCUACUGGGUCACAAGGGAGGAGGGCUCCUUUGAAUGGUUCAGAGGGGUGAUGAACGAGGUGGCUGAGAAGGACAAGGAUCAAGUGAUCGAGCUCCACAACCAUUGCUCGAGUGUGUAUCAAGAGGGCGAUGCUCGUUCCGCGCUCAUUGUCAUGCUCCAAGAACUCCAGCAUGCAAAGAAGGGAGUUGACAUCUUGUCUGGAACCAGCGUCAAGACUCACUUUGCCAGGCCUAAUUGGCGAAGCGUCUUCAAGCGUGUCGCGGUCAACCAUGAGAACCAGCGCGUCGGGGUUUUCUAUUGUGGUGAGCCUGUUCUUGUGCCACAGUUGCGGCAGUUGUCGGCAGAUUUCACCCACAAGACAAACACAAAGUUUGAGUUUCACAAGGAGAACUUCUAGUACUGUAACUUGUAUAAGAACAUGUCUAUGCCAUGCUUCAUCAGGUGAAUUAUAUGGGUUGUAUUAUUAUUAUUAUUUUGUAAAGGUAGGGAAAUAAAAUGGGAGGUUUUGCCUA